AUGGCCGCUAUCCUCACUACAGCAAGACUCGUCUUCAAGGACUCGAGCGCCCGACAGAAGGCCAUCGACGCAUUCCACAAAAUCAUCGAAUACACCACGCCACACGAGCCAGAGGUCUUGCAGUAUGUAUGCACAUUACCGGCAGAUGAUAGCGCGAGGAAUGAGAUAUACAUGAUGGAAGAAUACGCAAACCAAGCAGCAAGCGAUGCGCACCUGGCCACCAAGCCCGUGCAAGAUCUAAUACAUCUUUUUACUAAGGGGGAUGUACUCGCUCAACCGCCCGAGGUGCACAACUGCCCAGUCGUUACGAAGAAGACAUCUGGUCCGCCAGUACCAAUCUCGUCGAACCCGGCCAUUGUCCUUAUGAAAAUCCCCUCAAAAUCUGAACAUUCGGCUAAAGAUGUAGAGAGGUGGUGCGAAAUGUCUGAGAUUGUGACAAAGAGCGUAAAAGGCGUGGCCGCAUUCACCGUUGUUGAAGAUCGAGAAUCAAACAGUACGCGGGUCGAGUGCGUGCUACAGAGUUGGGAUGCGCUUGCCGAGUAUAAAAAGUUCAUGAUAGAUGGGCGAAGAGAUGCAGCAGAGGUGGUGGAAGUGCGGCCUAUUGACGGGUUCAUUGGUCGGGAAAGUACGAGCAAGUUGUGA